GAUGCUUAACACUAUUUGGUUUGGGCAGUAGCAGCGACGCUUUGCAGGUUUACGUCUCUGGUUUUUUCUCAGUUAGAGCGAGGAAGAGGUCCGUACAGACGCAGCUCGGAUGCCGUUGUAUUUCGAGCUGUCGAACUAUUCCCACAUGCGGUUUUAAUAUAAGCUGCAUACGUUUUUCUGUGGAGGACGGUUUAGUGGAAUGAGUUGCAGGGGAAAUCUACUGUGACUUUCGUCGGAGGAGGAGGUGUCUACCGGUGCCAACGGGGCAAAUAGUUGCUGCUGCUGCCGCUGUCUGUCUGUGCUGCUGUCUGGCGGAUUCAGGGAGCGUGUUACUUCUUCUAUGUUGCCUCGGAAAUAACAACAGCGCCAAGGUGUGAGAAUGGGCAGAUACGCAAUCUCUCUGGCAGGAACACACAAGAUGGAACUGAAGCUGGUUUUGAUAUCUACAUUGUUAGUGCACUUCUGUUACUGUAAUUCUCAGAAAGAAGGGAAUGAGUGCAUCAAUGCUAAUGCCAAAUACUGCGGGGAGUGCAUCCAGGCUGGAGACAGAUGUGGCUGGUGUACAGACCCGAACUUUCUGAAACAGGGUGAGACUGUGUCAACCCGCUGUGAUGAGUUGCAGUCCCUAAUGAAAAGGGGCUGUCAUGCAACAAUGAUUGAGAACCCACGUGGGCAACAGAAGUUCCUCAGUAACAAAACAGUGACAAAUCGCAAAAAGGGUGCAGAAGCCAAACUGAAGCCAGAGGACAUCACUCAGAUCCAGCCCCAGAAACUCAGCCUCACCCUCAGAUCUGGUGAACCUCAGUCUUUUGACUUGAAGUUCAAACGAGCAGAAGAUUAUCCCAUCGAUCUGUACUAUUUGAUGGACCUGUCAUACUCCAUGAAGGAUGAUCUAGAGAAUGUCAAGAACCUGGGAACCAGUCUGAUGCUGGAGAUGGAGAAGAUCACCUCUGACUUCAGGAUAGGCUUUGGCUCCUUUGUGGAGAAGACAGUCAUGCCUUACAUAAGCACCACCCCAGCAAAAGUGCUGAACCCAUGCACAGGUGAUAACUGCACCAGCCCCUUUAGCUACAAAAACGUCCUGAAACUGACUAGCGACGGCAAGAAAUUCAACACCCUGGUAGGCCAGCAGCACAUCUCUGGAAACUUGGACUCUCCUGAGGGGGGCUUUGAUGCCAUCAUGCAAGUGGCUGUCUGUGGGGAGCAGAUUGGCUGGAGGAAUGUGACUCGUCUGCUGGUGUUCUCAACUGAUGCUGGCUUCCACUUUGCUGGAGAUGGCAAACUGGGUGGCAUUGUACUGCCUAAUGAUGGAAAAUGUCACUUGGAAAACAAUGUAUACACAAUGAGUCAUUAUUAUGAUUAUCCCUCCAUUGCUCACCUUGUUCAGAAGCUGAGCGACAACAACAUUCAGACUAUUUUUGCAGUCACUGAGGAGUUCCAGCCUGUUUACCAAGAACUGAAAAAUCUGAUACCAAAGUCUGCAGUGGGGACUCUGUCUGCCAACUCAAGCAAUGUAAUCAACCUUAUUAUAGAUGCUUACAAUUCUCUCUCGUCUGAAGUUAUUCUGGAGAACAGCAAGCUUCCAGAGGGAGUGACCAUAGCUUACACAUCCCGCUGUAAGAAUGGAGUGGUUAGUGAGGGUGAAAAUGGACGCAAGUGCUCUAAUAUCUCUAUUGGAGAUGAGGUCAUGUUUACCAUCAGUGUGACGUCUAAGGGCUGUCCCAGACAAGGAAAGCCUGAGACCAUAAAAAUUAAGCCUCUGGGGUUCACAGAGGAGGUGGCCAUUACCCUUAAUUUCAUCUGUGAUUGUGAAUGCCACAAGGAGGGUAUCAAGAACAGUCAACUCUGCCACUUUGGUAACGGGACCUAUGAGUGUGGAGCCUGCAAGUGUAAUGAAGGACGGGUGGGCAGGCAGUGUGAAUGCAGCAGCAACGAUGUGGCUACAGAGGACACGGACCAGACCUGCCGUAAAGACAAUAGUACUGACAUCUGCAGCAACAAUGGAGACUGUGUGUGUGGGACAUGUGAGUGCAAGAAGAGAGACAACCCUGACGAGAGGUACAGUGGCCAAUACUGCGAGUGUGACAACUUCAACUGUGACCGCUCUGGAAACAAACUGUGUGGAGGGCAUGGACGCUGUGAGUGUAGAGUGUGUAUCUGUGACUCCGAGUGGACCGGAAGUGCCUGUGAUUGUUCUCUGAGCGACAGAGAUUGUAAGGCCAGCAACGAACAGAUCUGUAAUGGCAGAGGAACAUGUGAAUGUGGCACCUGUAAGUGCACUGACCCCAAAUUCCAGGGUCCCACCUGUGAGAUUUGUCCCACCUGUCCAGGAGUCUGCACUGAACACAAAGAGUGCGUCCAGUGCCGCGCAUUUGGCACAGGUGAGAGGAAGGAUACAUGUGAGCGAGACUGCAGCUACUUCAAGCUGAUUAAAGUGAAGGACAGAGACAAGCUGCCCCAGCCCAGUGGCUCCUCUUACCCUAUGAUGCACUGCAAAGAGAGGGACGCCAACGACUGCUGGUUCUACUUCACCUAUGCAGUCAAUAAUAACACAGACAAAGAGGUCCAUGUGGUCGACACGCUGGACUGCCCCACCGGUCCUGACAUUAUCCCAAUCGUGGCUGGUGUGGUUGCUGGCAUAGUGCUCAUUGGCUUAGCCCUGCUGCUCAUCUGGAAGCUACUGAUGAUCAUUCAUGACAGAAGAGAGUUUGCUAAGUUUGAGAAGGAGAAGAUGAAUGCCAAAUGGGAUACAGGUGAAAAUCCCAUCUACAAAAGUGCUGUCACGACUGUGGUCAAUCCCAAAUAUGAAGGAAAGUGAUGGCAUCAUAGUUUUCAAUGAACUCUGCUUUGAAGUAUUUGACAUAUGCAGUAUUUAGAUUGUUUGGGUUCCAAGGGGAACUGGUGUUGAAAUAUCCAUCAUUUCUUCUUGUUGCUUUGUCGUUAUAAUGUACCAUUCAGCCACUGCAUCUGUAUUUUUACUAACACUUAUGAUUUACACACGCAUUUGUUUUAUUUUAGAUGUACAGUGAACAGUAUAUGUAUAUACUGUUAAACUGCAUAUUUACAGGAUUUGAUGAAAUGAUGCCACAGGUCUGGUAGGCAGUUUAUCUUGUUUUAACACAAUGUGGACAUUGCAUUAUACAUUACAUGUACACAAAUCUCUCAGCUUCAGUCUCUCAGACAGUUAGUCUCUGUGUGUCCCUCUUGUUGUCUCUCUCUGUGCACUGACUUCCUGUGAGUUCCUGUGCAUUCCAGACGGGGCCUGAGUUUAAUGUGUAAAUUGUCAGCCAUAGCAGCACAUUAUACCAAUGUGUGUAUGUACAGAAAACAAGCGCAACAGGAAGUAUUGAAUAAUACUUAGUCCACUAGCAGGGACCUGCCCUCGCUAAGGAUGAAUGAAUAAAUGAAUGAACUGUGAGGAUAUUGAAUACUCUGUUGCUCGCAUGCUUGACGGUUUUGGGGAAUGUUAAGGAGGUCCGCGCCACUCUUGGGCACUGUUAGAACCCCAGCAGAGAUAGAAGAAUGGGGGGAUGAGGGUAAUUGAAAAGCAGAAGUGGAAGUAUGGAGGUUUGAGUGGGUUAAAUAGUGUGAAAACGGAAGAGGUGUAGCUUGGGUCAGGGCCCGCUCCCAAAUUACAUUAUCUCAAUUAUUCAACUUUGAUUGGACAGUUAUAUUUUGAAUCACAGUAGAUUCUGCAGUGGUUGCUUGUUGUAAAUGUAGUUUUAAACUGCACUUUAGAGAUAUCCAAUGUUUAAGAUUGCAUUGCACUCUUAUUGCGUACUGUUGUCUAUCUUGAAGGACUAAAUACACAAGAAGAAGUUUAAAAUUGACUAUCAUUAUUUGUAUUGUUGCUAUACUAUCACAAAGGGAUUGUAUACCACUUGAUGAAAUGAUAUUGUGGAGAUCAACAGUCUAAGAAUUUGUAUAGUUAUGGUACAAUUUGCAAUUAAGAAAAUGUUGCUAUGUAUGAGCUUACUGCAGUAAAGUUAAUAUUCAUUCUCAGGUCCUUUCCUGUGUUCUUAUCAAGUACACCAAAAAUAUGUUUUCUGUCAGCUUGUUUAUUGAACUGGUGAACUGUUUGUGUGAGUCUGUUUUGUUAUAGAAAUGUUUUUUAGACUGUAAGACUGAAACUGUUCAGAUGUCAAAAGAAUCAUCUUUAACACUCAAAUGCCUCAGAAGUACAACACAAAAGCCUUUACAGUAUUGUUUUCAAAGUGCCUCUUCAUUUCUACCUUUUACUGUCCCCGUGCUGUUUAUGAGUUAUUUAUUAAAUAAAGUACAAAAACCA